AUGGCUCCCAUGAAGGAUGUUCUUUUCUCCAUAAAAGAGCUUGAAGAGGAAAAUGAAGAUGGAGUUUCCACUCUGUUCUACCUACAGAAAAUUUACCCAGAUGAAUGGAAAAACUUCCAGGAAAGGAUUGAGGAAGAACUAAAAGAUGAUGAAGAACUGAAGGAAGAAGCGCUUCGUCAAUGGGCUUCAUACAGAGGCCAAACACUAACUCGAACAGUUAGAGGCAUGAUGUACUACCGAAAAGCUUUGGUUCUUGAAGCAUUUCUAGAUAUGGCCAAACAUGAAGAUCUCAUGGAAGGAUAUAAAGCAGCUGGGACAAUAUCGGAUGAAGAGUGGAAGUCCUUGAUUGCUCAGUGUGAAGCAUUGGCUGAUAUGAAGUUCGCCUAUGUGGUAUCAUGCCAACAAUAUGGAAAUGACAAGCGUUCUGCUCUUUCAAAUGCCCAAGACAUAUUACAGCUAAUGAGAACGUACCCUUCUCUUCGUGUAGCAUAUAUUGAUGUGGUGGAAGAUAGAGUAGGAGAGAAGCAAAUUGAGACAGCUUAUUACUCUACAUUGGUAAAGGUUGCUCUAAAUAAGGACUCUGAAUCUGCGGGUCCAGUACAAAAUCUUGAUCAGGUUAUCUACCGGAUAAAACUUCCAGGCCCUGCAAUAUUAGGAGAAGGAAAACCUGAAAAUCAAAACCAUGCAAUAAUUUUCACCCGUGGUGAAGGCCUGCAAACCAUAGACAUGAACCAGGAUAACUAUAUGGAAGAAGCACUUAAAAUGAGAAACUUGCUUCAAGAGUUCCUUACAGAAGAUGGAAUCCGGCAGCCAUCUAUCCUUGGAGUUAGGGAGCACAUUUUUACUGGCAGUGUCUCCUCCCUUGCAUGGUUUAUGUCAAAUCAGGAGCACAGUUUUGUGACUAUUGGACAACGGCUGCUCGCAAACCCUCUGAAGGUUCGAUUCCACUAUGGCCACCCGGAUGUAUUUGAUAGGCUUUUCCAUCUAACAAGGGGUGGUGUCAGUAAGGCAUCAAGGAGUAUCAACUUAAGUGAAGAUAUUUUUGCAGGAUUUAACUCAACUCUUCGUGGUGGCAAUGUAACACAUCAUGAAUAUGUGCAAGUCGGCAAGGGACGAGAUGUAGGACUAAAUCAGAUCUCCAAGUUUGAGGCUAAGGUGGCAAAUGGAAAUGGCGAGCAGACCCUUAGCCGUGAUAUCUACCGGCUUGGGCACCGGUUCGAUUUCUUCAGAAUGCUUUCAUGCUACUUCACCACCGUGGGAUUUUAUUUCAGUACACUGUUGACAGUCUUCACAGUUUAUGUGUUUCUGUAUGGGCGCCUUUAUCUUGCUCUUAGUGGACUUGAAGAAGGGCUUGCAACACAACGGAAAUUCAGACAUAAUCAUGCUCUUCAGGUUGCUCUUGCCUCGCAGUCUCUUGUUCAGCUUGGUUUUCUGAUGGCCCUGCCCAUGAUGAUGGAAAUUGGCCUUGAAAAAGGAUUUGGCAAGGCACUAAGUGAAUUUAUAAUGAUGAACUUGCAAUUGGCAUCCGUGUUCUUUACAUUUUCACUUGGUACCAAGACUCACUAUUAUGGACGUAUGUUGCUUCAUGGAGGUGCUCAAUACAGAAGUACCGGUAGGGGAUUUGUUGUCUUUCAUGCAAAGUUUGCAGAAAACUACAGGCUAUAUUCUCGCAGCCACUUUGUUAAAGGCAUCGAGUUGAUGACUCUGCUCAUCGUUUAUCAACUAUUUGGUCAAACUUCCCACUCAACCAUCGCAUAUAUCUUUGUUACGUCCUCCAUGUGGUUCCUAGUGUUGACAUGGCUCUUUGCACCCUUUCUGUUCAACCCCUCGGGGUUUGAGUGGGCGAAAAUUUUGGACGAUUGGUCGGACUGGAAUAAGUGGAUCAGCAAUCGUGGUGGGAUUGGUGUGUCACCAGAAAAGAGCUGGGAAUCCUGGUGGGAGAUAGAGCAAGAGCAUCUGAAGCAUACAGGAACAAUCGGAAUCAUCUUUGAGAUAAUUUUGUCCCUUCGGUUUUUCAUAUAUCAGUAUGGCCUCGUUUACCAGUUAACUAUCGCAAAGAACAACAAAAGUAUCGUGGUUUACUUAAUUUCAUGGCUCGUAAUUUUGGUGAUGCUGGUUAUUUUGAAGAUCAUAUCUGUCGGAAGGCGGAGGUUCGGCGCGAACUUUCAGCUGUUCUUCCGUCUGAUCAAGUUCAUGAUAUUCGUUUCGUUCUUCGCUAUUUUGGUCGUGCUGAUAGUACUGCUUCACAUGACUAUAAAAGACAUACUUGUAUGCUUCCUGGCAUUCUUGCCCACCGGAUGGGGAAUACUAUUGAUUGCACAAGCUUGCAGGCCUCUUUUCCGGGUCACAGGGCUUUGGGGAUCUGUCCGAGCCCUUGCGCGGGCAUACGAGGUUAUCAUGGGGAUGCUUCUGUUCACACCAAUCACUGUCCUGUCAUGGUUCCCCUUCGUCUCCGAGUUCCAGACGCGGAUGCUGUUCAACCAGGCGUUCAGUAGAGGACUGCAGAUUUCCCGGAUUCUUGGCGGUCAGAAGAAGGAGAGGGCCGCUAGCACCAAAGACUAAGUUAGCUCUUCUGCCCAAUUGCCUGCCAUUUUCAAGAUCUAGAACUUCUGCCAUAAAGAAAUAUAUAGUGCUACUUCAGAAUACAUAGGUUGUAGAUAUUCCAUGAUAUAGAAAUAUUUCCUGUGAUCACAGCUUCACACAAGCUGCAAUGUAGGAAUUGUAGUGAUUUCUUGUGUAAAUACUACAGCACUUUAGCAAUGGCCACUGGCCAGGAGCUGGGAACAUCUGUCCUUGAGUACAUUGAUCAUGUGAUGCAGCGCCGCGGGUACAUGCGUGUUGCCUUUUCCCC